CAUGAGGGCUUCGAGUCAAAUUGCCGCGGCGACGGACGAACAAAUUGUCCGUUCAAUGUGUCCUGGCUACAAAUCCCAUUCUUCACCGUCAUCUUCACGUCUUGUGAAUCAAGCACGCGGCUCUUUCAUUUCAGUCAAGCGUUGAUGUAAAAUCUGCGUGGUCCGACUUCCACAGAACGACCUCGUCUGUCUCGGCCGACUUUACAUUUCACCACAUGGCCACGGAAAAGAAAAAGAUUGCCAUCAUUGGCGCUGGACCAGUUGGCUGCGCCUUCGCGGUGCAUCUUGUGAAGGCCGGACACGAAGUCACAAUCGUAGGUCGUGGCCAGCGACUUGCAAGUCUCCAGGCAAAUGGCGGUGUUCUCACAAAGAAAUCGGAGAAAGCGCCUGAGAUCUCGAAGACUCCUGUGGUCGCCGUCGGAUCCCUCGACACCUCACAACCCUGGGACCUCGUCCUCCUGACCGUUACCGAGCACCAAUUUGACGAGCAGUUGUUCGCUACGCUCAAGGCAUGUCCAAAGUCAACCGAGAUUCUAUUCAUGUUCAACACUUUUGCAUCACUGGACAGAUACUUCGACGUUUUGGGAAAAGAACGCUGCAUCGUGGGAUUUCCGGCGAUCAUGGCCUCUUUCCAUGACGGAGCAUUGGUGCACCAAUUUUUGAGCUUCGGCCAAAUUACCAUUGUCUCGUCACCCGAAUGGCGCUCCAUCUUCUCCUCGGCAGGGAUUAAGUGUGUCCACGAGCCUGAUAUGCAGAGCUGGCUACGCACACAUGCCGCCAUCGUCGUUGGUGUCAUGAGCGCGGCCGUUGCGGCUGCCAAGAGGAAAUCGGGAGUGACAUGGGCAGAAGCAAAUCUGAGUGCCGGGGCGGCUAAGGAAGGGCUUGCGCUGGUCCAGAAGUUGGGAAAUAGUGUCACACCCAAAUUGAUAUACUAUUUUGGUGUUGCGGCGCCGAGUUUCGUGCUCGCCGGGCUGCUUUGGGUUUUGACGAGAGUGCCGAGUAUGCGCAAUAACCCCCAAGUGCCGAACUGGGAACGGGAGAUGCUUGGUUUGGCCGAAAGCAUCAUUGCAACAGCGCCUUCCAAGGACGACGUACGACUGAUUAGCCAGCUGCGGGCGAAGUAUAUAUAAGUGAAAGGUUACUGGAGAUGUCAUUUGAGAUAGCAUGUAUUGAGGUAAUUCUACUGCAUCAUCUUCUAUAGGCAGUCUAAACCGGAAGCGGAUUUCUGGGCAACGACUUUAC